CUUCCUGCGUCACGCGCGCUGACGUCAUCACGCUACGCCCAGGGGUGAGAGGUCGCCCGGUUUGUUUCCCGCAGGUUGCCUUCCUUCUACUCGGCUUCCUCCCGUUAUAUGAGAUAUCCGGGGGUCCGGCCUCUCUCCAUGCGGGGGCGGGAGCAUGACCCGGAGAGCAGCUAGCAGGAAGAGGAGAGCGGCGCCCGAGACAGCCUCUGGAGAGCAGGGUGAUUGGGACCAUGCUGCACAGAAAAGGAAGAGGCUUCCUCCCGAAAAGAAGUCGGUGGUGUAUUACCUGAAAUCGCGGGAGGUGAAAGAGCAGGGUGACGGGAAUUACCGCCGGCUAUUGCGUGGCUUCGCUGCUCAAACCCUUCCCGGUGUUCUCACGGAGAGAGAAUUCCAUCUCGGGACCCUCAACAAGGUGUUUGCUUCGCAAUGGCUGAACCAUCGACAGGUGGUUUGCGGAACCAAAUGCAAUACGUUGUUUGUCGUCGAUGUGCAGACUGGCCAGCUCACCAAGAUCCCCAUCCUGAAAGACCGGGAGCCUGCCGGCGUCACUCCGCAGAGCUGCGGCAUCCAUGCCAUCGAGAUAAAUCCCUCCCGGACCCUGCUGGCCACAGGAGGUGAUAACCCCAACAGCCUUGCAGUCUAUCGGCUUCCGACCCUGGAUCCCGUCUGUGUGGGAGAUGAAGGGCACAAAGACUGGAUAUUUUCUAUUGCGUGGAUCAGUGACACCAUGGCUGUUUCAGGCUCUCGAGAUGGUUCAAUGGCUCUCUGGGAGGUAACAGAAGAAGUACUCAAUAAAACAGAUUUCCAGCGUGGCCUUUCCAGAGUCCCCGUGUACGCUCACAUUACUCAUAAAGCCUUGAAGGAUAUCCCUAAAGAGAACAGCAACUCGACCAACUGCAAGGUCCGGGCAUUGGCUUUUAACAGCAAGAACAAGGAAUUGGGAGCUGUUUCCUUAGACGGCUAUUUUCACCUUUGGAAAGCUGAACACACAAUAGCGAAGGUGCUUUCCAGCAAGCUGCCGUACUGCAGAGAGAACGUGUGUCUGGCCUAUGGUCUGGAGUGGUCGGUGUACGCUGUAGGGUCCCAGGCACAUGUCUCUUUCCUGGACCCCAGACAGCCCCCACAGAAUGUAAAGUCGGUAUACUGCAGGGAACAGGGCAGUGGGAUCCGGUCUGUCAGCUUUUACGAGCACAUCAUCACCGUGGGCACCGGACAGGGCUCCAUCUUGUUUUACGACAUUCGGGCUCACAGAUUUUUGGAUGAUUCUGGGAGCUGCCAGAAUGCCAAGUGCCGAGGAGAGAUGCUCAAGCUGUCCACGGGGAAAGGCUGGCUGAACCACAACGACAUGUGGAGGAAUUACUUCUCCGACAUGGACUGCUGCCCGAACGCCGUCUACACGCACUGCUACGACUCGUCCGGAACAAAACUCUUUGUGGCGGGGGGUCCGCUGCCGACCGGACUCCACGGGAACUACGCGGGUCUUUGGAGCUGAAAGCCACGUGGAAGCUGAUGGCUGCCAUCGGAUCCUUCUCUUCUUUACCAUCCGCCGGGAGCAGAUCGACUUUUCAUACAAAGCCCCGCGGGGUUCUUAUAUCUUACAGAAAAGACAAAAAAAUCCCUCAGAUGUAUAGUAAUUUUUUUUUUAUUUGUUUAAAAAUCACUAUUGGAAGAAUUCCAUCGGCCAACUGUUUCUCA